GUGAACUAGUGAUGUUAUUGACGUGUUGCUCGUUAUAGUAUAGUAUGGUUGUAAUUUAUGCAGGAGUUUAAUUUUAAAUAAAUACUUGUAGUAAUAAAUGUGAAAAUUACAGUGAUGUUAUCUCUCUACAAUAUCAAGUUUUUAUUGUUUAUUAUUUUGCUAUUUUCUACUACUUCACAAGCGCUUUUUUUUCAUUAUCCGAAGAAUGUAUUGAUGGAUUUUUUCGAUACACUGAGAGAAAAGAAGGAGUUAAAAAAAGAAUUGCCAUCGGAUAUUCAUCACUAUCACAUUCAUUACUAUCCGGUUUAUGUUCAUCAGUCUAAAUCUAUUAAGGCCCCUGAUAAAAAUGAACUUGAUAAUUUACAUACGAAUAAAUUAGAGUCCCUUGGGUGGAACAAUCAAGAAUAUAAAAAUGUCCCUGAUCCUAAGCUUCAUCAUCUUUUCGGCUUAGACAGUUUGUCAACGGCUUUGGGACAUCGACCUUGGUGGGAGGAAAAUAGUGUAGACCGUCAUGAAGAGUCAAAACCGGGAAUAGUCGUUCAAGUGCCGUUGAACCAGCAAAUAAUUCUCCAGCAGCCAAAAGAAGAAGAAAAAGAAACUAAUCCCCUGGUAUCGUUUUUCCAAAAAUUAAGGCGCAUUAAAAAUUCUAUUUUCAGUCACCACUCGGACACAAAAGAAGAGGAUGAGACACACGAGCACAAAGUAAACACCGUUUUUGUUUACACUCAUCCAAAUAAAAUCGGACAUUUUCCGUGAGAUACUAACACUGACCAAUGUACAUAUUUAACUAAAACAUAUUUUAUA